AAUUUCAAACUUUGAAGUUUGAACACAAUUAUGUGAUAUCACAACUACCCUUAUGACAAUCCAGAAAUCUGCUGACAUUACAAGCCUAAACCCACAUUUCAAUCCUUCAUUAAACAAUCUAAAGUUCCAUAAAUUUUCAACCAAGAUUCCAUAACAAUAAUUCUUUUAGCAUAUAUGAUCUUUCUUCUGUCAGCCCCACCAAACCACCAACCAUUGCUGCUCAAAAGUGUCCAAUGUCCUUCUUACUUAGUUCUUCUUUAUAGUCUACUGUUUUGCUUUUUCUUUGAUCAGUUUUAGCUUCUGUUGUAACUUUAAGCACCAAUGGCAGCAAAAGAAAGUGGGUAUUGUGUUAGAUUUUGGUUAAAGAUUGUGUUUUUGAAUGCUUCAUGUGGAGAAAAGAGAUGAAAAUUGGUUUCUUUAUUAGCUACCCAACAAAGGUUGUUGUUUCAUUUUUCAGUACUCUCUAUUCACCUUCUGCUCCUUGCUUUGAUGUUUGACUGAGAAAUCAGAGAUCUUGAAAUGGGGUUGCAGUUGGCUCUCCUGUUGAUAGAAAUUUCUGUAAUUUUCAUUGCUUUCUCAGUUCAUGGAUCUGCAGUAACAUUUGCAUUACCACCAAGGAGAUUGCCACAAAACCCAUUUCCUGUCCACUCUGUCAGGCCAGGCCAAGCGCCAUCCACAUUACCAGACCGCACUUUCCCUCCAACGGUUAGUCCUCCCAGUUACGGAAGGAAAAGACAUGGAGAGCUACAUGCUCCAUCUAACAAAGCAUCUCACAUUUCGUCACCUGUGGACUAUUCUCCAACUAAAGCUGGCCAUUCACAUCAUGCUGUAAGACCUUCAAGUAUUGCUCUUGCGCCAUCGAUGAGAUCUUUUAGAGGUCCUGCAAAGAAAUGGUUGCGUGGCCCUGCUUCUGCUCCUUUAAUCUCAUUUCAUAAACAUCAUCAUGCAAAGAACAAAUCAAGACACUUCACUUCUGGACCGUCUUAUUUGAUUCCUUCUCCCUCUAACAGAUGGCGAGGUCCUUCAAUCUCCCCAUUUCGUUCUCCCUUUGCAUUGGCACCAAGUUGGAGUUCACAUGCCCCAGCAGCAUCAGAGAUAAGUCCAUCAGGCCACUUUAAUAUGCCCUUUCUUCAGCCUAUGAUUUCUCCUAUGAGUUCCUUCUACAAGAAGAAGAAGGCUCCACCACCAUCUAUGGUUAUGACUCUACCACCUCCUCCUCCAAAUGGAGAUUGUGCCACGGUAACAUGCACGGAGCCACUGACCUACACACCACCUGGGUCAGCCUGUGGUUGUGUGUGGCCAAUUCAAGUUAAGCUUCGUCUCGGCGUUGCAAUAUACACGUUCUUCCCUCUGGUUUCAAAACUGGCAGAGGAAAUUGCGGCUAGUGUUGGAUUAAAUCAUAGCCAAGUUCGGAUUAUGGGAGCAGAUGAAGCUAGUCAGCAGUUGGAGACAAGCACAGUCCUCAUCAAUCUAGUUCCACGGGGAGUAAAAUUUAAGGAUACUACUGCUUUUUCAAUCUACAGAAAGUUUUGGAAGAGACAGAUGUCCAUAAAAGCUUCCUUAUUUGGUCCCUAUGAAGUAUUAUACGUUCGAUAUCCAGGUCUUCCACCCUCCCCACCUUUAGCACAUUCGGGCAGUUCUACUACGGACGAUGGACCAUAUGCUGUGGGGAUUAACAGUGGACAAGCAAUAAAACCAUUAGGAGUUGAUGUCCCUAGGAGGAAAAGAGGUGGGCUUAGCAGAAGCAUGAUUGUUGUAAUUGUUGUAUCGUCUUUCACAGCCUUUGUUUUAUGCUGUGGAGUAGCUUGGCUUUUCGUAUUGAAAUGUGGAGCAUCCAGACAAAAUCCACAUGCUUUCAUAGCCUCCCCUUCAAAACCAUCAGGGGCUCCUAAGUCUAGGAAAUAUCGAAGCAUGCUCAGCUCUUCAUCAAUGUCCUUUGAUUCAAGUACAAUGACAUACACAGGAUCUGCUAAGACCUUCAGUUCGAAUGAUAUGGAGAGAGCUACCGAUUGUUUUGACACUUCAAGAAUACUUGGAGAAGGAGGUUUUGGGGUUGUAUAUAGAGGCAUUUUAGAUGAUGGAAGAGAGGUGGCUGUGAAGGUUCUUAAGAGAGAUGAUCAGCAUGGAGGCCGAGAGUUCCUGGCAGAAAUCGAGAUGCUUGGCCGGCUGCACCACAGAAAUCUGGUUAAACUUAUUGGUAUAUGCACAGAGGACCAUACCCGGUGCCUAGUCUAUGAACUGGUUCACAAUGGAAGUGUUGAAUCUCAUUUACAUGGAGUUGACAAGGUAAACGGUCAACUUGAUUGGGAUGCCCGAAUGAAGAUUGCCCUUGGCGCAGCUAGAGGCUUAGCCUACUUGCAUGAAGACUCAAGCCCUCGUGUUAUACAUCGAGACUUCAAAUCCAGCAACAUCUUGUUGGAACAUGAUUUUACACCUAAAGUUUCAGAUUUUGGAUUGGCUAGAGCAGCAUUGGAUGAGGGAAACAAACACAUCUCAACACAUGUUAUGGGAACUUUUGGUUACCUCGCUCCGGAGUAUGCAAUGACCGGUCAUCUUCUAGUAAAAAGUGAUGUUUAUAGCUAUGGUGUAGUCCUCCUUGAACUGCUUACAGGAAGGAAGCCUGUGGAUUUGUCACAGCCGCCAGGUCAAGAAAAUCUCGUUGCAUGGGCUCGUCCGCUUCUAACAAGUAAGGAGGGUCUAGAAGUAAUCAUCGAUCCAUUUAUAAAGUCUGAUAUCUCAUAUGAUAGCAUAGCCAAAGUAGCGGCAAUUGCAUCCAUGUGUGUGCAGCCCGAAGUAUCUCAUAGGCCAUUUAUGGGUGAAGUUGUUCAAGCAUUGAAACUAGUGUGUAGCGAAUACGAUGAAACAAAGGAGAUAGAAUCAAAAGGUCUCGGCGAGGACUUCUCUGUCAAUGUAGAUAGUAAGAUCAAUAGACUUUCAGGUCAGCCGUCUGAAGUUUCAGAGGUCUGUCAUGCGACCUCUGGCUUUGGAAGUAGUCAUGACAACAAUGUAGCAUUAUCAGCGUCAGAUUUGCUGAGUAUGCCAUUGGGACCUGAGCGACAGGACUCUGGAUCUUUUAGGAUUUACUCUACUUCAGGGCCUCUAAGAACAUCAAGAAGAAGGCAUUUCUGGCAAAGAUUAAAAAGUUUAUCCAGAGGCAGCAUGAGCGAGCACGGAUUUUCAGCCAAAUUUUUUCCGGGAUCCCGUUAAAUUUUGUCGAAAUCUCCAGAAGAAAAUUAGAAUUUACUUUUACAAGAAUCUUGUGCGAUGCUUAUAUAGACUUUGACUUCAAAAUUUUCACAAGUGGCUUCUGUUCACUCAAACCAGUAAUGAAGUGAUCAAAAUGUGAAGCACAAGAUGCAGUGGGAACUGGGAAGGUCUUGUGAGAUCUUUCUAAAAGUUAUAAUUUUUUGAGGUGGUCUGGUUUUUAGCAAAACAACACUCUAGUUUCUUUUUGGUCAUUUCUAGAGUUGCUUCAUCAAUAAUUUAUGAUAUUCCUCUGUAAAAAUACAUUGCUUCCUACCGUAAACAGACACAAUGCCUAUGGUAUGCAGUAUAUGAGAAAAUAUAUCGAGUUUCAGCUCUUAUGUUGCUAAUUGAUUUUACUUUAGCAUUGUAAUUGAAAA